GGCGGCGGCGCUGCCGUGUUGACAGCGGCGGCCGCGCCGGGAGCUGCCCCGGGAAGCGGGUUGGCGGCGCCGGUUCUCCGCUCCCAGCUCCGCUAUGGCUUUCAUGGAGAAGCCGCCGGCCGGCAAGGUGCUGCUGGACGACACGGUGCCGCUGACAGCGCAGAUCGAGGCGAGCCAGAGCCUGCACUCGCACACGGAAUACAUAAUCCGUGUCCAGAGAGGAGUUUCAACAGAAAACAGCUGGCAGAUUGUGAGGCGAUAUAGUGACUUUGACUUGUUGAAUAAUAGCCUGCAGAUCUCAACUCUAAGUCUACCUCUUCCUCCAAAAAAGUUGAUUGGAAAUAUGGAGCGUGAAUUCAUUGCUGAAAGACAGAAGGGCCUCCAGGCCUACCUGGAUGUAAUUACCACCCAUCACAUACUGUCCAACUGUGAACUGGUAAAGAAAUUCUUGGACCCAAACAGCUAUUCUGUAAAUUACACUGAAAUUGCCUUACAGCAUGUUUCAAUGUUCUUCCGAUCAGAGCCAAAGUGGGAAGUAGUUGAACCAUUAAAAGAUAUAGGUUGGCGAAUACGUAAGAAAUAUUUCCUAAUGAAAAUUAAGAAUCAACCAAAGGAACGGCUAGUGUUAAGCUGGGCUGAUCUUGGCCCUGAUAAAUACUUGUCUGACAGAGACUUACAGUAUGCUGUGAAACUUCUUUCUUCCUGUUCUCAUCCCUAUAUUUACAAAAUCACUUUUGCCACUGCCAACGAAUCUUCAGCGCUGGUUAUUAGACCAUUCAGUGAAAAAGGGACACUAAAGGACCUUAUUUAUAAGGCAAAGCCAAAAGACCCAUUCCUGAAGAAGUAUUGCAAUCCUAAAAAAAUUCAAGGUCUUGAACUUCAGCAAAUAAAAACAUAUGGAAGGCAAAUAUUAGAGGUAUUAAAAUUCCUCCAUGAGAAAGGAUUUCCUUAUGGCCAUCUUCACUCUGCCAAUGUGAUGCUGGAUGGGGAUACCUGCAAGUUACUGGAUCUAGAAAAUUCCUUGUUGGGACUCCCAUCGUUUUAUCGAUCCUACUUUUCCCAGUUUCGGAAAAUUAAUACUUUAGAGGGUGUUGAUGUUCAUUGCUUUGGACACUUACUGUAUGAAAUGACCUAUGGAAGACCUCCAGACACCAUUCCAGUGGAGAGCUUCCCCCCUGCUCCAUCAGUGUUUGUUGUGUCAGUGUUGGAGUCCAUUCUGACUUGUGAAGCUCUGAAGAAUGGGAUGCCAACUGUCUCACGGCUCUUACAGAUGCCAUUAUUCAGUGAUGUCCUGCUAACAAACUCUGAGAAGCCACAGUUUAAGAUUCCUACUAAGCUAAAAGAGGCAUUGAAAAUCUCCAAGGAAUGCAUAGAAAAGCGAUUAACAGAGGAACAGAAAUUGAUUCACCAGCACAGAAGGCUGACAAGAGCUCAAUCUCAUCAUGGCUCUGAAGAAGAAAAAAAGAAAAGGAAGAUCUUGGCACGAAAAAAGUCAAAACGUUCUGCCAAUGAAAGUGGGGAAGAACACUCAGCCAAAUACAGCAACUCAAAUAACUCAGCAGGCUCUGGGGCCAGUUCUCCUUUAACAUCUCCAUCAUCCCCCACUCCGCCCUCCACAGCAGGAGCAUCGUCCAUCCCGCCAGCCCCGCCGCCGCCGCCCCCGCCGCCAGCAGCUCCGCCCCCGGGCUCAGAGGGGAGCGCGGAGGCGCCCCCGGCCCGGCCCGAGGUCAGCGCCAGCCGAGGAGCCCUGCUCAGCUCCAUCCAGAACUUCCAGAAAGGAACCCUGAAGAAAACACAGACGUGCGACCACAGCGCCCCCAGGAUCAGCUGAGGCCGCCGGUCACGGCAGGAUUCAAUUCCCUGUCCCCUCCUGAGCAGCAGCAGCAGUGCAGCUCCCCUCGCCCCGGUUCCAGCACUGCCUGCCCGAGCUGCUGUGCCCCGCCGGGAUGGGCACUCCGGUCUU